AUGGACAACUUUGUGAAGUGGUUCAAGAAGACAUUUCUUGUAGUAAUGCGAAAGGAACGAACACGCAAAAACGUUCAUUUACUUACAAACGACGCCCAGUCGCUGCUACAGGAGCUUCUGCCUGAACUCUCAAGCUGGGGAGUUUUCGAUCCUUUUGAUACAAUAUACGAGAUCAUCUUUCAAUUGACCAUUAGGAUGGUAGGGCCGACAGAGAUAGCACAAGAUGCUAAGCUCAGGGCGAAGUCAUUGACCAUCCUCGAGUCUAUUGAGCACUCCAAGUCAACCAUGAGGGUUGUGUUUCCUUGGCUUCCAACAAUCAUGCAUCUCAGGCGAACACUGCGGAAUAUUCAGCUGGGAAUGCUGCUUCAUGGACUGAUUAGGAAGAGACAGAAGUCGGGGAUUAGAGAGGAUGAUACGAUGCAAACCCUUCUAGACAUGGGGACAAGCAUGCGCAACACCAUUGGCUUCGUCAUUGGGGCAUUGUUUGCAGGCCAGCUGAACACUGGCAUCAACGCCGCCUGGGUAUUAGUCAAGUUGGCCCAGAAUGACCAUUGGACGGCUCGGGUCCGUAACGAAGUUGACGCUGUUGCUGUCAGGUACAGGAAGUAUCAUGGCCAGCCCACUACCGAAGUACUUGGGUCUCUCACAUUGGACGAUUGGGAAUCAGAAUUUCCCAACAUCGGCUUGUGCUUCCAUGAAAGCAUUCGAUUGGCAUUGACCGGAAGCUCAUUUCGAAAGAACAUCUCUGGGCAGGACAUCCCAAUUGGUAACUCAGGAGAAGUCAUCCCUCACGAUGCUUAUGCAGCGUACCUUCACGAUGAGCUUCAUAUGAACCCCGAUGUCUAUCCCAAUCCUACUGAGUUCGACCCUGGGAGGCAUCUGGAUGAGCGAGGCGAAGGCAAGAAUGUCCCUCAUGGCUACAUCGGAUGGGGUUCCGGCCUACACCCAUGCAUUGGCAUGAAGAUUGCCAAGACUGAAAUGACCAUUGUCUUGGCACGCCGGUCGGCGUGA